GCUCCUCCCCAUCCUCGGGUGGAGAGUAGCAUUGGUUCGGGUUGCCAGUCUACCCCGAGUCCCACUGCUGCUUUGUUCCCAGACUCUCCCCUCCUCUUUGGAGAUGACUUGAACCCCUUUGGGAUCCGAGGGGCUGGCGGGGCGCGGGCUGGGGGGCGACAGUUGUAGAUCCACUUCCUGCUAAUGCGAGAAGGUCCCUCAGAGGAUCCAGCGAGGGGCGCCAACAAGAGGCGAAGAGGUGCCACCGAGGCGGCGGCAGGAAGAGGAGCGGGAGCAGGAGCGCGGAGCCAAGCGUCUCGACCCCCCGUGCGUACUUUCUGGAGGGAGGGGGCGGGGGAAUCGGCCCCGGAGGGAAGCGGCCGGUAGCGAGGGGGUUAGCCAAGUUCCGGCUGCGGCGCCACUCCCUCGCUGCCACGAGAGGAAAGUUUUUUUUUCCAGACGCUUCCGCCGGCUCGCGCCCUCCGGGCCCAGCCUCCCGAGCCUUUGGAGCGGGCGCCGUCCCAGCCCAGCUCCGGGGAAACGCGAGCCGCGAUGCCUGGGGGGUGCUCCCGGGGCCCCGCCGCCGGGGACGGGCGGCUGCGGCUGGCGCGACUGGCGCUGGUCCUCCUGGGCUGGGUCUCCUCGUCUUCUCCCACUUCCUCGGCAUCCUCCUUCUCCUCCUCGGCGCCGUUCCUGGCUUCUGCCGUGUCCGCCCAGCCCCCGCUGCCCGACCAGUGCCCCUCGCUGUGCGAGUGCUCCGAGGCGGCGCGCACAGUCAAGUGCGUUAACCGCAAUCUGACCGAGGUGCCCACGGACCUGCCCCCCUACGUGCGCAACCUCUUCCUUACCGGCAACCAGCUGGCCGUGCUCCCUGCCGGCGUCUUCGCCCGCCGGCCGCCGCUGGCGGAGCUGGCCGCGCUCAACCUCAGCGGCAGCCGCCUGGACGAGGUGCGCGCGGGCGCCUUCGAGCAUCUGCCCAGCCUGCGCCAGCUCGACCUCAGCCACAACCCACUGGCCUGCCUCAGCCCCUUCGCUUUCUCGGGCAGCAAUGCCAGCGUCUCGGCCCCCAGUCCCCUUGUGGAACUGAUCAUGAACCACAUCGUGCCGCCUGAAGAUGGGCGGCAGAACCGGAGCUUCGAGGGCAUGGUGGUGGCGGCCCUGCUGGCGGGCCGUGCACUGCAGGGGCUCCGCCGCUUGGAGCUGGCCAGUAACCACUUCCUUUACCUGCCGCGGGAUGUGCUGGCCCAACUGCCCAGCCUCAGGCACCUGGACUUAAGUAACAAUUCGCUGGUGAGCCUGACCUACGUGUCCUUCCGCAACCUGACACAUCUAGAAAGCCUCCACCUGGAGGACAAUGCCCUCAAGGUCCUUCACAAUGGCACCCUGGCUGAGUUGCAAGGUCUACCCCACGUUAGGGUCUUCCUGGACAACAAUCCCUGGGUCUGCGACUGCCACAUGGCAGACAUGGUGACCUGGCUCAAGGAAACAGAGAUAGUGCAGGGCAAAGACCGGCUCACCUGUGCAUAUCCGGAAAAAAUGAGGAAUCGGGUCCUCUUGGAACUCAACAGUGCUGACCUGGACUGUGACCCGAUUCUUCCCCCAUCCCUGCAAACCUCUUAUGUCUUCCUGGGUAUUGUUUUAGCCCUGAUAGGCGCUAUUUUCCUUCUGGUUUUGUAUUUGAACCGCAAGGGGAUAAAAAAGUGGAUGCAUAACAUCAGAGAUGCGUGCAGGGAUCACAUGGAGGGGUAUCAUUACAGAUAUGAAAUCAACGCGGACCCCAGAUUGACAAACCUCAGUUCUAACUCGGAUGUCUGAGGAAUGUUAGAGGACAGACCAAGGACAACUCUGCAUGAGGUGUAGACUUAAGCUUUAUCUCUACUAGGCUUGCUCCACUUUUAUCCUCCACUAUAGACACAACGGACUUUGACUAAAAGCAGUGCAGGGGAUUUGCUUCUUUGUUAUGUAAAGUUUCUUGGUGUGUUCUGUUAAUGUAAGACGAUGAACAAUUGUGUAUAAUGUUUUACCCUCUUUUUCUUGGAACUCGUCAACACGUACGGAGGGAUUUUUCAGGUUUCAGCGUGAACAUGGACUUCUUGCUGUCUGUCUCUCUCUUAGUACAGUUCAAGGUGUAGCAAGUGUACCCACACAGAUAGCGUUCAACAAAAGCUGCCUCAACUUUUUCGAGAAAAAUACUUUAUUCACAAAUAUCAGUUUUAUUCUCAUGUACCUAAGUUGUGGAGAAAAUAAUUGCAUCCUAUACCUGCAGACGUUAGCAGGCUCUUCAAAAUAACUCCAUAGUAUACAGGAGCACCUGCAUCCAAGAGCAUGCUUCCAUUUUACUGUUCUGCGUAUUACAAAAAAUAACUUGCAACUUCAUAACUUCUUUGACAAAGUAAAUUGCUUUUUUGAUUGCAGUUUAUAUGAAAAUGUACUGAUUUUUUUUUAAUAAACUGCAUCGAGAUCCAGCCGACUGAAUUGUUAAAAAAAAAAAUAAUAAAGAUUCUUAAAAGAGUUA